AUGAAGGCGUCGUCUGAAUCGUCGUCGUCCGAGAAGAAGAGGAGCGAAAGAGUGCUCUUAGAAGAAAAAGAAACGACGAAGAGUAGUAAUAAGAAUAAGAAUAAAGAUGAUAAUACGAACGCAACAACAUUAACAACAACAACAACAUCGAGAGAGGUUUUACUGGCUGAAUGCGCCGCGGACGCCAAAAGCGCGUCGUCGUUUUCGACGUGCGCGGAUUCGUGCGAGGCGAACGUCGUCUUACUCGAGAACGAGUUACCGACCGCGGCGAAACGGCUGGAGUUUAAAAACGAGGACAUCGACAAUCGCCCGGGCGUGUAUCACAGAGUGGGGAACUCGACGACGGAACAGGCGUUGGCGAAUUCGGUGAAUAUUCUGUUAGGCGUUGGGACGUUAUCGGUACCGUACGCGUUGAGAGAGAGCGGAUGGGCAGGGAUCGUCGUUUUAUUGUUGUUGGGAGCGACGACGAAUUACACCGGGAAGACGUUGAUUCGAUGUCAAAGGCGAGGCUCUUUGCCGAUGCGAACGAAUUUUAACACGUACUCGGACGUGAACGAAGACGGGAGCGUGACGGUUGUUAAAAAAGCGAGGAGAGCGUUAACCACGUAUGAAGAUAUCGGUGAAGCGGCGUUUGGAGAGUUUGGGAGAAGUUUGAUUAGUUGGGUGCUGUACGCCGAGUUGAUCGGGACGUGCGGUUUGUUUUUCAUCUUAGAAGGCGAUCAUUUGAAGUUGUUGUUUGAAUCGACGAUGUCGCAAUCGAAAGAGACGCUGAUGUUGUUAGCUGCCGGUGUUAUGAUCCCUACGACUUGGUUGGUUGAUUUAUCGAAACUUUCACUCAUUGGCGCGUUGGGAUUUGUCGCCUCGGUCGGUUUAACCGGAGUCGUUGGGUGGGAUUUAAUUCAAGCGUUGACGAAUCCGAGCGGGUACGAGUUUCCGCACACGGCUUUGGUACAUUAUUCCACGUACCCUUUAUCUUUCGGUUUGUUAGCGUUCGUGUUCGCGGGACACGCGGUGUUUCCCGCGAUAUACACGUCCAUGCAAAAACCGGAAGAGUACGAGUCUAUGCUAGACAAGACUUACGGGGUCGUCAUGAUUAACUGUUUACUUCUGGGAUGCGCUGGGUAUUUCUUAUUCGGCGACCAAGUGUCCUCGGAGGUGACGUUAGAUUUACCAGCUGGAAUUAUUAGCACGAUUGCUCUAGGAUUAAUCACGAUCAACCCGCUCGCGAAGUUCGCGUUAACGAUGGACCCGGUCGCUCGAGGCGUAGAGGAGAAGUUCAAUUUAGACACAUCGAAAGCUGAAAAUUUACUUCCCGCGAGAGUCUCUAGGACUGGUUUAGGAUUGUUCGCGCUCGGUUUAGCCGUGAAACUUCCUUUUUUCGGCGUAGCCAUGAGCUUAGUCGGCGCCGUGCUGACUUUAUCGGUCAGUCUUAUCUUUCCAACCGCGUGUUAUCUAAAAAUGUUCGGCGACGAGUUAGACGCCAAGGAGAAGUGGUUGAAUUACGCCAUCGUCGGUCUUGGAUUUUUGUGCGUCGGAAGCGGCACGUACUCGGCGGUGAGCGCUUUGAUGGACGCCAGCUCAGACUUUGGCAUGUAG